AUGUGGAAGCUGCCAUUCCUCUCUCGGAACGUCCUAUUUGCCCUCUGUGGGCUGGCGGCCAACGCACAAUCUCUGCCAUCCGACCGCACGGUAUAUUCGUCUCAAUUGUACGACUGGGGAUUUCUAGGCCCAUACCCGCAACAAUCAUAUAAAUCUUGGUCGGGAACGGCGCCUCGUUUGAAUUUCGUGCGCUGGGACGAACAAUGCGGCGACUCUGGGUUAAACUUCAUCUCGCCCCGCGGGCACAUGGUAUCUGCACCAGGGCCCUUGAUCAUGGAUUCGCGCGGCGAAUUGGUGUGGUCGGAGGAUAGGUACGGACAAGCCAUGGAUUUCAAGGUCCAACAGUAUCGGGAACAGAACUAUUUGACAUUCUGGACGGGGUCAGAUUCGGGCACAUUUGGUACGGGCUCUUAUGUGAUGCUAGAUUCGUCGUACCAGAUAUACAAGAUGGUGAACCCCGCCAGUGGCCUGCGCGGCGACUUGCACGAAUUCGAAAUCACGCGUAAUGGCACGGCGUUAAUGACGGUUUAUGAGCCGACCCCAGCAAAUCUUUCGGCCUUUGGUAUUGUUGGGGAUGGCUGGAUCUACGACAGCAUCUUCCAGGAAAUCGAUAUUGAGACAGGUGAGCUGGUUUUCGAAUGGCGAGCUUCAAGGCACUACGACAUCCAAGACACUUUCCACACCAUCGAGGCCGAAGCGCGGCGUCCAGAUUCCUCGGGUCGCAAAAUCUCGCAUGUUGGCGAAAGCCCGCAGACGGCGUGGGAUUUCUUCCACAUCAACAGCAUCGACAAGGACGAGGAAACGGGGAAUUACUACGUCUCCUCGCGCUAUUUGCACACGGUUACAUGCAUCAACCCGCAUGGCGACAUACUCUGGAUCUUAGGCGGGAAGAAGAAUCAAUUCACAGACCUGUCCAUGGGCGGGGCAACGAAUUUCUCAUUUCAGCAUCAUGUGAGGGCGCAUGCGAAUAACACUCUUACCAUCUUCGACAAUGGGAAAUAUGACAGUCUGUCUGACAACGCAGAGUACAGUCGGGGUUUGGAGAUCUCGCUGGAUCUGGAGAAGAUGACAGCCAGCCUUGUCCGAGAAUACGUGCAUCCCGACCACCGACUCGUGGGAAGCCAGGGUUCAGUCCAACUCCUCCCUAACUCGGAUCAUGCUCUUGUCGGCUGGGGCUACGUGCCUGCAUACACCGAAUUCGACGGGCAGGGUGAAAUCUUGUGUGACGUGCACGUUGCUCCGUCCAUCUUCUGGGGGCUUGGAUGGGUGAAAUCGUACCGCACAUUUCGCACUUCUUCGUGGGUUGGCAAGCCCUUGGUACCGCCGAGCGUGUACCUUCGACCCCGAGACGAGAGGAUAUAUGUGAGUUGGAAUGGUGCGACGGAGGUGCACACGUGGAUCCUCCAGGGCCGUGCAGAGAUUCAGACGGGGGCUCGGACGGAUUUAAAUGCGACCCAGGUGGACUCGUACUACGACUUGACCUCUAUCAAGAAAGAAAAAUUCGAGACUUCGUUUCAACUCGAGGCGGACAUGCCACGGUACCUCCGCGUGGCGGCAUUGGAUCGGCAUGGCCGCGUCUUGGGCUACACCGAAAUCGUUGACCGAAAGAUGGGAAAUGCACCAUCAGACGAUGGGUUCCACCUUGUUAUCUCGACCUGUGCUAUGGUUGCCGGACUGUGCUUGGGUUGGUAUCUGUGGAGGAGGCGGAAGUCGGUGCCUGGCAUGCUAGAAAAGUGGAGGUAUCGGGUUCUGUGUUUUUGGCAUAGGAAGUCCAGCAUCAUCAUGAGGAGAAACCCCGACCUUGAAAAGGAGGCAGAACCCCUGCGGACGAGCUGGGAUGAGCAAGUGGACGAAGCCAAGCAAGACGACGACGUCGAAGCUGGCUUGGGGGAUAUGGAGAGAGACACCCGCUUCACGGCCUGA